AUGUCCCCAAGUAAAACACAAUCUUCGUUGAGAUCUUUGUUUCUGGAUAAACUUUGGCCAAGGAAACAUGCCAAAUUUGCAAAUUCAUUUGUCGCUGAAAUUUUUGUCUGGCUAAACGAGGCAAUUUGCAAAUGCUGUUUCGAAUGGAAUCUUUGCUCGUUUGCAAGGAACAUGCUGACUCUGAUCUCAUCUCCAAAUCUGAUGCGAGAAUGUUUUACCUGGGCAAUUAUAUUCUUUCCAUUGUCUUUCGCUCACGAGUUCUCCGCCUGCAAGUCUAUGCACCUGUACAUCUCCAGGAGCGAAGCGCCUAUUGGCAAACUUACAGAGGGCGAACUUGAAGAACUCGGGGGCGUUUUAGGGGGUUCCACCGCCGGUGCGCUUGCCCUCGGCGGCAGGCACAAGCCGGAAGAGCUCUCCACAUUGGCGGCCAACACUAGGUUCUCCAGGAAGGAGAUACAGCUUAUCUAUCGCGGAUUUAAGCAGGAAUGUCCUACAGGUCUCGUCGACGAGGAAGCUUUCAAACAGAUCUUUUCACAGUUUUUCCCUCAGGGAGAAUUGCAAGCUUCAACAAAUCUUUCGAAUCUUUUAGAUGCCAGCCAGUACGCUCAUUAUGUCUUCAACACCAUGAAGAGAAAACCGUCUGGAAAAAUAAGCUUCGAAGAAUUCCUGACCAUCUUGUCGAAAGUUUCGAGAGGAUCGGUGGAGGAAAAACUUCAGUGGAUAUUUGGACUUUACGACCUCGAUGGGGAUGGAUUGAUCAGUAAAGAGGAAAUGCUGGACGUGGUUGGUUCAAUCUAUGAGAUGUUGGGUCGUUACACUCAGCCACAAAUAGUUGAGCCGCAUUUGGCUGCUCGAGAACACGUCGAUCGUAUUUUCCACUUAAUGGAUGCAAAUAAAGACGGCGUGGUGACAAUCGAGGAAUUAGUACAGUGGUGUUCCAAGGAUGAACAACUCUUGCGGAGUCUCGACACUCUUGACACCGUCUUAUGAGAUCUUUACGGUUAUUUUGUAACCCUAACACAAUCCCCAAAUGUCAGAAAUUCCCUGAAAAUUGUGACGCAACGUUCGUACGAGUUCUGUGGGUAAUUUCUAGGAAUUCAAUUCUAAAUAUUUAACGAUUCACAGAGGAAAUCGAGUCACGGUCGAAAGUACUGAUUUGAGCUCGUCGAACGUUGCCUGUAAAUAUGUAUUUACCCUUCCUACCCAGUCUUUCAAGCGUGUUAUCGAAUGCACGAAUGAAACUAACAGUAUUAUCAGACUUCAUAUGUACAAUUUUUCCUCGCAUCGCGCACGUAAUCCUUCGGCAUUUGACAGGUUAUUCGAUUAUUGUCGCGCGAUCGUGUAAACUUGAGAGAAAUAUUUCAGCUACGGGAAAAAAAAUGAAGAAGAUGAAGCUUGUUCUGUUUCAUUGGCGCGGAUUUGAUAUAAUUCAGAGGGAACUAUCAGGUUGUAGGUAUCGCAGAAUUAUAACUUAAAAUCGACGCGACGGGAACAAAUCAAUCUCCAGAUUCGUUAAAACGGAGACUGAGUUCUAUAUUCGAACACAAUAUCUAUACUUUAGUAAAGAAUGAAUUUCAACGAUUUUAUCACCAAAUUAUGCUAACAACAUUUUUCUCCGCAAAAUUCACAAAGCGAGAUAAUCUAAUACAUAUUUCCUAAACUUCUAUAUUUCUUCUAAAUUUCACUUUUCCUCCAUUUCACGAGUUAAGGAGAAUUUGAUGCUCGUCCUUUUAGGUGAGGUUUUUCGUACGAUGCAAGUUUUCGUACGAAUGUAGUUUCACUUUUCCCGACCCGUUGAAUUAUCUCUAAUUGCGAGAAUAAUGUGUAAGUACGUACUUCGAUGUCGGCCAUCGUUGUGGCGGUCAAGUGCGAUUUAAAGAUAUUUUCAAGGAGCUUCGACUAUUGUCCAUCGUUCGGGUCGUUUUCGUGUCUUGUUAUCUUUGCGGCGAAUGACUUAGCCACAAAGGUUUAUCCGAAACUUUUACAUUCUACAGAUAAAAAAAUUACAGCGUCUACAGCUUACAGAUAAUAAUAAGCGUUCAAGACAAGGAAUUGGAAUAGGGAAGAGACAGAGUUUAUCCAGAGUUUAUUCCGAGUUUCAAGAAUUGUUAGAUUCAGGCAUAUGCGAAUAACGUUUGACAAUCGUUUUAAUCUUACCUCUCGUACGUGAACGAAUAUAAAUGUUUUCUUCGAUCUCGCCUUAUGCUCUUGAAUAUUCCCAGACACGUAGGAAACAUGGCAAGAAUUGUAAGGCCCACAAAUCGAUACCUAAGUUAUAUGAACUUAUAGAUAAAACAUUCGCAUAUGUCUACUCUCUUUAUAGAUUGUAGAUUUGACGAUACCUCCAGAGACCCAUGUACGAUGGAAAACGUAGUAACCCGUUAAUAGCGUAUCGUAGUAUCCUCGACCAAUUUAAGAGAAACGUGGUCCUCUAAGAUCAACGCCUCGUGUGAUUCUCUCGUACCUUAUUAUAUUUAUUAUUACUAUCGCAUAAAAGAAUAUUGUUAUUAAUAAUACAAUUACUAUCAAUCUUACUACUUGUCUUCUAUCAAAUUGAAGCAAGAUGAUCGCGCAUGCACACGUAUUGGAGCGCACAUUCGAGAUAUUCUAAAUCUUACGCGUACAAAUGUCAUCGAAUUUGUUGAAUUUCUCAAGUUUAUUAAAAAUACAUAUUAUAUUAUAUUAUAUUAGAGAAAAUGUGAUCCGAGAA